CUAGAAUAGCGCUGUCGGCAUGAAAUCCAGAAGCAUGUGACUUUAUUUAAAUUUUCUAGGAACACUCUGUACAACUACGCAGGAUUCCUUGCAAUGCUUCCUUACAUUCCAUAUGUAAAUAUCAGCACUGAAGAGGCCACCUCAAAUGACCUGACUCAAAGUACGACGAGGCGCCGUAACUGGAGUGAAUGCAUAGCUUUGUUGGACGAAAAUGUGCCUGAUAUUCUCGACUAUUUAUAUGUUACAAACGACACCAACCAUAUUGAGGUUAAGAGUGAGGUAGAAGCGAUUGCCCAAAGAUUGAAACAGGCAUUCAACGAAACGCUUCAAAACAACAGCUGGAUCGGCAAUACGACACGAGCAGCUUUACAGGAAAAGUUGAAAAAUGUGACAAUGAGAAUAGGAUACCCGGACACGCUAUUGAACCGGUCAGCACUCUACGAAUACGUACCACCCUUUCCUUUGAAUAUUUCCUUCACAGAAGCCUUGUACUACAUUCGACAAGGCUUCAACAAAAUGGAAUUGACUAGGUAUCACUCUCCAGAGGAGGGACAAUUAACUUGGGAUCACAGUCCAAGAGAUGGUCGCACGUAUCACGUCAGCCUUUCGGACAAUAUUGAGAUUCCCUACGCACUCUUCGCACCUCCAUUUUUUCAGCAAGGACUUCCACUUUCGUUCAACUAUGGUGGCAUCGGUACUACAAUUGCUCACGAGCUGGCACAUAGCUUGACCUACCCAGGUGAUGCACCGUCGCAGCGGGACCUCCAUCUUUCUGGAUAUGGAGACCGAGUACCUUAA